UUGACUCUCCCCUUUUCUGCACAUCACUGAACGUUAGCGCAUGCAUCCAUUACAGAGCAGCAGAGGUUUUCAUUCGAUCCUGGCCGCUAUACCUGAAGAGCGCGACAUACGAGGGACCUGGCAAUGAUCUCACUGGACUUCAAUUUGAAUGUUUUGACAAGGGACCUGUCACUUUAUCUGGAAAAUCAAGUGAAAGUUGGGCUUUUUGGAUCUGGAGUACUGUCACUGGUGCUCGGCUUCAGCGCAGCUUAUGCCUACUACUACUUGAUCUCUGUCGCGAAGAAGCCCCAACUGAUUUCUGGUGGAAAGAAGUUCUACCAGUUCCUGCGGGACCAAUGUCCCGUGGUGUCAGAGACCUACUACCCCACCUUCUGGUGCUGGGAGAGCCGGAUCCAGACGGUGCUUAGGCCCUUCGUCACGGCUAAACCGGGUGUCAGCUACAGAAAUGAGCUCAUUAGAGCAGAAGAUGGAGGACAGAUCUCUCUGGAUUGGUUCGACAACGAUGACAGCGCCUCCCACCCCAACGCGGCCACACGGCCCACCGUCCUGCUGCUUCCAGGCCUGACCGGUACCAGCAGAGAGUCCUACAUCCUCCACAUGGUGCAGCAGAGCAGGGAUCUGGGUUAUAGGUGUGCGGUAUUCAACAACAGAGGGGUGUCUGGUGAAACUCUCUUGACUCCCAGAACAUACUGUGCUGCCAACACAGAGGACCUGGAGGCGGUCAUCGAACACAUCCAGAGGACAAAUGAGGACGCCCCUCUCAUGGCUGCUGGGGUCUCCAUGGGCGGGAUGAUGCUGGCGAACUACCUGGGGAGGAAGGGCAGAGAGACAUGUCUGAAAGGCGUGGUUGUGUUCUCGGCAGGCUGGGAUGUGUUUGAGUGCACAGCGUCACUGGAGAAGCCUCUGGACCGCUUUCUCUUCAACUCCUACCUCACCAGCUGCCUGCAGGCAGGCGUGGACAGACACAAAUCUGUGCUUGAGAAGAGUUACGACAUUGAUCAUGUGAUGAAGGCCAAGACCCUCCGUGAGUUUGAUGAGAGGUUCACGUCUAUAAUGUUUGGCUACCCCACCAAUGAUGACUACUACCAUGAUGCCAGUCCCAUCCACAGGCUCAAGUCUGUGCAGGUGCCCAUGUUGUGUCUAAACGCUGCAGACGACGUCUUCUCUCCCAGUCAUGCCAUUCCAGUGGAGGCGGUGAAGCAGAACCCUAACCUAGCCCUCCUCAUCACCUGCCACGGUGGCCAUAUUGGUUUCCUGGAGGGCCUGUGGCCCCGACAGAGCACCUACAUGGACCGCGUGUUUAAGCAGUUUGCCAAGGCCGUCAUAGAACAGGGUGGCGACCUCAAUGACCUUUCCAGCUAGUACGACAUUCCUUUUCUCCCUCUCUCUCUUUCUUUCAUUUCUUUCCUCCUCCCCUCCAGUCCUUCUCCCUCCCUCUCUCACUACAAGCAAAAAAGCAUUGUUUAUUUUGAAGGGCACAUCCUGUCGCAACACAGCAUUCGUCCGUCAACUCAUGUAUUCCUUCAUACAUUCAUUAAUUCAAUGUAUGUAGCCAUGAAUUCAUAUCAUGCUUAUUUUAAAAAGAUGAGUAUGUUCACAUUAGUAUGUUCAAAUAUGAAUAAUUUCAGCUGUCUUUCUCCAUCCGUCAGUGUUCUCAACAAAACUCUGUAUCAAUAGGAUUUUAGUCCUCAGGGAUUUUAUUUAUUUUUUACAUAGUGUCUGUCUGUCUGUCUGUCUGUCUGUCUGUCUGUCUGUCUGUCUGUCUGUCUGUCUGUCUGUCUGUCUGUCUGUCUGUCAAAGGUUUGUUAUGAAUGUGAAUAGUUUAUGUUAAAGAAUGUUUAGUCCAUUUAACAACAAAAAAAAUACCUAACCUAAUCUCCCGUGACAGACAGCUAGCUGCUAUAGUAGCGUGAGAUUUAGUUCUGGGUUCCGAGAUGAUACCUUUAAUUUACCUCAACAGAUCACAGUAUUUAUGUUCUCUUGAAUUGUUCUGCAUGCACUUUCAUUCACACGUACUACCUGUACGCACACCAAAUAGCUCUAACAAUGUAAUGUUAUGGAGAUAACUCAUUAUUAGUUAUAAGGAAUGUGAAUUUGCACUAUUUUAGUUUGAACAACCCAUGCCUGUAAUUCCUUCCUGCAAAUGCCCGAUUUCAAUAGUUUUCAUAUGUAAAUAAGUAUACCCAAAAGGCCUAAUAAAUUAAUAUGCAAAUACCACAUGGAUGUUAUUAUUUGUCCUGAUGUUGAGGACACAGCUAAGUCUUAGUUACUUUGUGGGCCAGUAUUACAGUAUUUUACCGUACUUGUAGGGUAUUUGCUGAGCAUAUCAACCUGAUGCAUAUAUCAUCAAAUCAGCUGGGUUGCCAGUUUGGUUCAAAAGUUACACCCGAUCUGGCAACUCGGCUAUUAUGAAUGCAGCUGGGUUGCCUGUUUAGUUCUGCUUCAGCAAACAAUGAUAAAGCAGUUGUUUACAUCAAAGGAGUUAGCAAAAGUAGCACCAGAUAUGGCAACCGGACUGUCACCAAUGCACUGCUUCAGACAUUGCCUGUGUACAAAAUGGCACCCUAUUCAAUAUAUAGUGCACUACCUUUGGCCAGAACCUCAUGGACCCUGGGCAAAAGUAAUGUAGGGAAUGGGGUCUCAUUUCAUAUGCACCUAUGACUUUAUUCCUGUGGAAUUUGUAUGUUUCUCUAUUUUGCCCCAUGGCCAUUAAGUAGCAUGUGUCUCAUCGUUAUGACGUCAUCACGUCCUGAAACUUACGACUAAUACCAACACUACAUCGUAAUCAGUAGCACAAAGGACAUGUUUUGUUUGUCAUUAUAUAUACAGUAUAUAUAUAUAUAUAUAUAUAAUAUUAUGUUUAAUUUUAUAUACAAAACAAUCAAUUCUAUUUACAUUCGCAGCAAAAAGAUAUGCACGUAUUAAUAUGAAGUGUAUUAUGCUGCAUUUAAUAAAUUAUUAAAUGAAACAUUG